ACUCAUACUGGCCAGCCUGUGAAUGGUAUGUAAUAUAUACAUGUCCUGUCCUAUCCUGUCCUGUCCUAUCCUGUCCCUGGGCACAAGUUGUAGCUUGAUGACCAGGCUCUGCUGGAAAAAUUUGAAACCAUUACAGACAUUUUAAUGGAUUCUGCAGGAAUAUCACACAUUAAAACUUCAAUCCAGCUAAUUUCACCUGAACACAGGAUCUGGUAGAAUACUGACCAUUAUGUGAAUGGUUUGUAAAUCAUUUCCUGUCCUCUCCACAUGCAAGUUGUAGCUGGCAAAUGCUAAAAUAGAUUUUACUGCAAAUAUUAUGAGAAACCAUCAGCUUUUAACAAAUAACACCAUUACCAACUAAUUACAUUGUUAAAACCAAAGAAACUACUGUUGAAUCCUUUUGGAAUCUGGAUGCUUUAUGAUGUCCUGCUGUUACCCUAUCCCUAUUCCAUUAGAUACCUAGAUGUGAGCUAGUAUUUCAAAUGUUUUUAAUAGUCUUUAAUGGUAUCCACUAAAUCAAACAUGCCAUGAGUAGAAGGCAACAAAUGACCAGGGGAGGCCCACACAGAGAUCAUUACAGGUACUAGUUUGAAGUCAGUUGGAUUCAGCCUGCAUCAUUUGGCAAGGUUUAUUGUUUUUUUUCUUUCCCUGCUGCUGAGAAGAGACGUGAGCAGAAGUGUAAAGUCAGUGCCACACAGCUGACUGUGUUGUUCUUCACAUCGGUUAAUGUUAGACAGAAUUUACAGGGAGAUUGUUGUACUUUCGACUGGGAGCCCAGGUGGUGUGUGACACCUUCAGUACUGUGCAAAGUUUGAUCACAAUGACGGCUAUAAAAAUUACGGUAAGAUUUCAUUUCACCUUUUCUCGGUUUUGUUAGUUUGGGCUAAAAAGCGGAUUUAUGAAGACUGAAUAUCAUGAGCCUGCUGUAAGUCUUGACAGGAUGAGUGACCCCGAUUGAUAAUGCCUUGUUUACUGUUCAUAAUCAACUAAUAUGAAAGUUUCGGAUGAAUGAAUCAGAUGGACAGAAGAAGUCAUACAGUAAAAUGAGUCAAAUGAUGAGGUGUAAUUUGAAUGAUUCGACUCAGGACUCUACACUUUCACCACCAGUGAGCUACAAGAUCUUCUGCUUCUCAAUAAUCCGAGACUGAAUACAAAUCGGUACCGCGGUCCUCUUUUGUUUCCAGUGAGGUUUUUGGAACUAGGACUUUUUGGAAUGAGUUGCUUCCGUGAAUUUAACCUGCAAACGUGGCUAAUUUUCAAGAUGUGUGUGGGGGAAAACAAGUAAAUCAAACUAUAUAGUAAAAAGUGCAUCAUGAAUAAUGAACGAAUGAAGAGAAGCUUAAAUGCAAUGUAAGUAACCAGGCAACAAAGUUCUCUUCCGCUACAUGACAUAAGCGACCCAGUAUCUGUUCAGUUCGCAAAAUACACUCGGGUCAGUUCGGGUUAUAUUCGGACCCGCUGGAGACUUUCCCAUCGACACGCUUCCGUUUGCUGGAUUCGGGUCGGAUGUCUGAGUACUUUCUGGCCGAAUACAGCAGCCGAGAAUCCCCACACUUCCGGAAUCGACCCGCUAUGGCUCCUGCUGCCCAGAAGAAGUCUCAUCCUUUUUUCCUGGAAGUGUUAUGCCGCACUCUCAUCAUCCUGUGUACGACGCUCUCCAUUGUUCUGUCCUCCAUCGCAGUGUGUGAUGGACACUGGCUGCUGAGUGAGCGGCACACAUUUGGCCUCUGGUUCUUUUGUGAUGUUGACACAGAGAACUCUGGUGCACCCCCAAACUGCAGCAGGCAUGUUGGAGAGGAAGCAGGACAGCUCUUAGAGCAUGGGCUUGGGUUGUGUCGCUGUGUUGUCUGUCUAGCUGUGGUGAGUGCUAUCUUUGGCCUGGAGCUGCUGGUAUUGUCACAGGUGAGCGAGGGACGGGCAUCUACGCAGCGUUGGCGUCUAGGCGCAUGGCUUGUGCUGCUGGCUGCAGGAUUAGCUGCUGCAGGGGCCGUGACCUUCGUGUUUCUUGUUUGGGACUUUGCUACACCUUUGGGGCUCACGCUCACUUUCUGGUGCCAGUUCACUGCAACAUUCCUCUUCUUCCUCAAUGGCAUGGCAGCACGGCACAUCCAGAGCAUGGAGUAUUUUCCACACUCCACUAAUGAUGUAUGGAAACCAUAGACAUUUGCUAAUUUUUGCUUACCACUGCUGAGUUAUGUACAACAUUCACAUAAAAAGUUUUAAUCUGUUUAUUAUAAAAGCUGCAUUUGUUGAUCGUAAUAGUUUAUCUGUGUAAUUAGGCAGAAUCUAAAAGUUAACUAAAUACAUCUGAUUCUUUUUUGAAAACGUCUUAAUAAAAAAGUUCCACAAUUUCA